AAACUCGGCGCGGGCCCGCCCGGCAAAGUACAGAACUCGCGUCCCAGUGGACUAGAAGAUGAACUCAACUGAAUUCACCGAAGAUGUAGAAGAAGUUCUAAAAAGUAUCACUGUGAAAGUGGAGACGGAGGCCGAGGAUGCUGCUCUGGACUGCUCCGUGAAUUCCAGGACUUCGGAGAAGCACUCUGUGGACAGCGUUCUCGCUGCCCUGCAGGACUCCAGCAAACGAAAGCAGCUGGUCAGCGAUGGCCUGCUAGACUCUGUCCCCGGCGUGAAGAGGAGGCGGCUGAUCCCCGAGGCUCUCCUAGCAGGCAUGCGGAACCGUGAGAACAGCUCGCCCUGCCAAGGCAAUGGCGAGCAGGCCAGCAGGGGCAGGAGCCUGGGCUCUGUGUGGCCAGGAGAGGAGGAGCCCUGCAACGAUGCCACUACCCCUUCCUACAAGAAGCCUCUGUAUGGCAUCUCGCACAAGAUCAUGGAGAAGAAGAAUCCUCCCUCCGGGGACCUGCUAAACGUGUACGAGCUCUUCGAGAAGGCAAACGCCAGCAACAGCCCCUCGUCGCUGCGGCUCCUGAAUGAGCCACAGAAGCGGGACUCUGGCAGCACUGGGGCAGGCACUGACAGUGACCCCAACAUCUACUUCCUGAUCCAGAAAAUGUUCUACAUGCUCAACACCCUCACGUCCAACAUGUCCCAGCUGCACAGCAAGGUGGACCUGCUCUCCCUGGAGGUGAGUCGCAUCAAGAAGCAGGUGAGCCCCACUGAGAUGGUGGCCAAAUUCCAGCCGCCCCCUGAGUAUCAGCUCACAGCUGCGGAGCUCAAGCAGAUCGUGGACCAGAGCCUGUCCGGGGGUGACCUGGCCUGCCGCUUGCUGGUGCAGCUCUUCCCCGAGCUCUUCAGCGACGUGGACUUCUCCCGAGGCUGCAGUGCCUGCGGCUUUGCGGCCAAGCGCAAGCUGGAGUCGCUGCACCUGCAGCUCAUCCGCAACUACGUGGAGGUCUACUACCCCUCGGUGAAGGACACGGCAGUGUGGCAGGCCGAGUGCCUGCCCCAGCUGAACGACUUCUUCAGCCGCUUCUGGGCCCAGCGGGAAAUGGAGGACAGCCAGCCCAGUGGCCAGGUCGCCAGCUUCUUUGAGGCAGAGCAGGUGGACCCCGGCCACUUCCUGGACAACAAAGACCAGGAGGAGGCCCUGUCUCUGGACCGGAGCAGCACCAUCGCCUCAGACCACGUGGUGGACACGCAGGACCUCACUGAGUUUCUGGAUGAAGCCUCCUCACCAGGCGAGUUUGCCGUCUUCCUCCUCCACCGGCUCUUCCCCGAGCUUUUCGACCACCGCAAGUUGGGUGAACAGUACAGCUGCUACGGGGAUGGUGGAAAGCAGGAGCUGGACCCCCAGCGGCUCCAGAUCAUCCGCAACUACACGGAGAUCUACUUCCCCGACAUGCAGGAGGAGGAGGCCUGGCUGCAGCAGUGCGCCCAGCGCAUCAACGACGAGCUCGAGGGCCUAGGGCUGGACGCGGGCAGUGAAGGUGACGCCCCGCGCGAUGACUGCUACGACUCCUCCAGUCUGCCCGACGACAUCUCAGUGGUCAAGGUGGAGGACAGCUUCGAGGGUGAGCGGCCGGGGCGCCGCUCCAAGAAGAUCUGGCUGGUGCCCAUCGACUUCGACAAGUUAGAGAUCCCCCAGCCCGACUUCGAGGUGCCCGGCGCCGACUGCCUGCUCAGCAAGGAGCAGCUGCGCAGCAUCUACGAGAGCAGCCUGUCCAUCGGCAACUUCGCCUCGCGCCUGCUGGUGCACCUGUUCCCCGAGCUCUUCACGCACGAGAACCUGCGCAAGCAGUACAACUGCAGCGGCUCCCUGGGCAAGAAGCAGCUGGACCCGUCCCGCAUCAAGCUCAUCCGCCACUACGUGCAGCUGCUCUACCCGCGCGCCAAAAACGACCGCGUCUGGACCCUGGAGUUCGUGGGCAAACUGGAUGAGCGCUGCCGGCGCCGGGACACGGAGCAGAGGCGCUCCUACCAGCAGCAGCGCAAGGUCCACGUGCCAGGCCCCGAGUGCAGAGACCUGACCAGCUAUGCAAUCAACCCGGAGAGGUUCCGGGAGGAGUUUGAGGGACCCCCCCUACCCCCCGAGAGGAGCAGCAAGGACUUUUGCAAGAUCCCCUUGGACGAACUGGUGGUCCCCUCGCCUGACUUCCCGGUGCCUUCUCCCUACCUGCUGUCUGACAAGGAGGUGCGUGAGAUCGUGCAGCAGAGCCUCUCCGUGGGCAACUUUGCCGCCCGGCUCCUCGUCCGCCUGUUUCCCGAACUCUUCACCGCCGAGAACCUCCGGCUGCAGUACAACCAUUCCGGGGCUUGCAACAAGAAGCAGCUGGACCCCACGCGACUGCGGCUCAUCCGCCACUACGUGGAAGCCGUCUACCCGGUGGAGAAGAUGGAGGAGGUGUGGCACUACGAAUGUAUCCCCAGCAUCGAUGAGAGGUGCCGCCGCCCCAACAGGAAAAAAUGCGACAUCCUCAAGAAAGCGAAGAAAGUGGAGAAGUGAAGGCCUGUGGCCUGCCCAGAGAUUCGGGGUCACCAGAGGCUGAGCGAUGGGCACCCUUGGGACUGAGCAAUACUUGGGAGCACGCCUAUGGCAUCCACAGACAGGCACCUUAUGUCCGUGGGGAGUGGCUUACUACAUUUGCACACGUAAACACCCGCCCAGCCGCAAGAAAGAAGCCUUGAGUUUGGUCUCUUGUACUUACAACUUCUGUCCUGUGUGCCCCGGCGGGGCAGCCUGAGUGGGGAGAGCAAGCUGUGAGGGCAGGGACCAGAGGGUAGGGGCCCUCUCUCCCUGGUUGUGCCCUCCCCAGCCCCUUACAGCUUAAAAUGCAAACCCAGCAACUCUCUUGCCCCUCUUCCCAUAUUUUACAUCUUCCAUUUUUACCCAUUUUUUUAAUUAAAAAGAAACCCUUAAAAAAAUAAUUGGGCUCUUUGGGGGCCAUUUUACUUAGAAAAAAACCUCUUUAAAAGUGCCAUGUUCGUGCACAGCGGCUAAUCAUAGCUUCAGGUGGCAUGGAUACUGAUUUUACUGACCUUGUCUUUUACAUCUGAUUUUGGAAGAGUCAAGAUGCCCCUUGGAUGGCAGUAGAGGGGCUGGAAUAGUACGAAGUCCUUUACGACCAUGUGCAAGUUUUCCCUUCUGCUCUGGUGCCUGGGAAGGCUUCCGUUCAGCUUGGCCUGUGCUUCAGGCGUGUUGGUAGAAUGUUGUGUCACUCUGUAGGCGAGAACACUGGAUGAUGAUGAUAUGAAUGUAGACAGCCGUGGAAACACGUUUGCAGUGUCUCCAUCUGAGCCGUGUCCUUCCACUGCCCCCAUUCCCUCUCCAUACGUGGUUGCUGGUUGGAGGGAGUAGACGUGUUUCCUUGGAAAACAGUGCAGGGGCUUUUGGCUUCUUGUUAGAUUUAAGGGUGGGCCUCUUUGAGCUCACCAUGAACUGUUUACUUUUCUGUGUGUGUGUUUGUACAAAAUCCAGGUACCAGGAGCUCUGUGGUGACUUCCCCAGACCUCAGCGUUAGCUCCUCCAGGCAGCACUACAUCCUCGCUCCUCAGGGCGGGCCCAGCUCUGGGCCCCUCUUGGGGAUACCAGGCAUUGGAAGGACACAGGCCGUCUCACAUGGGGCACACAUGUCCCUUCCCAGGGUCCACUCACAACUUUCCUCUUGGACUCUCUAGAAGGUCCUGCUGUCCUAUACCUGGCUACCCCCUGCCUUGGGGGACACAUGUCUUCGUUCCCUCCUGACUGGGAAUGUCAGGCUCCUGCAGGCCAGCUGCAUGCUCUCCAGGAGCACCAACUGGGAAGUUCCCCGA